UAUCGAUGACGCAGCGAGAAGCUCGUCCGAUUUGGAUUUUAGAUCGUUGCGAUAUGUGAUGGAAAGUUUUCUGGAAACCUGAAGUCUCUUCGUCCGGCCGUGUCUUCGGAGUAACACGUAACCUCCUGCUUUGCGCGCGAAUAAGUUUUACUUAUAUGUCAUAAACCGAACAGUGAGACGUUAAUUCCUACGAGAAUUAAAUCUACGGAUGUACGAAACGAUAUUUCCAUUAGCGAUGCUCCGGUUACGUCGAUAUAAGCUUUGCCUCUGUAUAGGUUAUGUUGUGAACAGGAUUGUGCGGAUAAAUGCCAAGUGUCAAGGAUGAAUCUGAGGGUGAAGGGGAGGAGAUGUCUCACGACAGUAACGAUAGUAACCAAAGUUCCGCGUCAUGUGACAGCAGCGCGGAACACACUGACAGUGAUGACUCGUCGGAGAUGGACGAGGACGAGUGCGAGAGGAGGCGCAACGAAUGUAUGGAUAAUUUGCUUGAUCUGGAAAGACAGUUUACUCUACUCAAGGAACAAUUAUACCGAGAAAGAAUCACGCAAGUGGACACAAAGCUCGGGGAAGUUCGUGUUGGAAAAUCCGAGGAAUACCUAAUACCGCUGGAGCGACUAAAAGAAAAUAUGAAAACGAAGACGGAAGUGGCUGGAAUACUAAAGCAAUACAGACUACAAAAUAUCCAAAAUAAAUUCCUGGCAGAAGAACUGGCCGCCUUUCAAAAUUUUGAAAGUGAAAAAGGCUUGGUCUGGGAUUGCAUUCAUAAUGAUCUACAGGACAAGAUACGCCGUUUGGAGGAAGAUAGGAAUAACGUGGACAUACAUGCGGAUUUGUGGUUUAAUACAAGCGGCAGAAGACGCAGGAACCAUACGGAGAGAAGACGAGCGGUUUCUGUUGCAGGCCCUUACAUCGUUUACAUGCUCAACGACGCCGACAUAUUGGAAGACUGGGCGAUAAUAAAAAAGAGUUUAGGUAGCCGAAAAGCAGAAAUAAUGUAAAUUAUAUUUCGAGUGCGUUGAAGAGCCGUUGAAAACUGCUUCCACACGUUACGCGUCCAUCUUUGAUAUGAACAGGAAUUUCGUCCAACCGGAAAUGGUCUGAAAUUAGACGAGCAACUGGCAUCCAUUGAGCAUUUUAUAUCUGUACAGUGUGCCUUGAUAAAAAUAAGGGUAAUUAUUUACUGGCCUAAAUAAUUACCAAAUUAAAAUGUCAUAUUUGCCAAGACGUACUUCUGUGGUACACUAGUGCAGAAAAAUUAUGUACAUACGACUAUAUCGUCGAGAAAAAACUCAUAAUUGAAGGAAAAAGAGCUGAUGUAUAUUGUCUAUAUUAUUAAUUUCAAUUAAUAAGACAAUUAUAUUAUGAGUCAAACGACAAUUACGUUAAUCCAUAUUGUCAAAAUUACUUGGUUUUUAUAUUCGAUAUAUGUAACAUUAUCUUCUCUUUAUUCAUCUUCCUUUUAUCUCCUUGCAAUCCUAUUGUUACCUAAUUUAUAUUAUUUGAUCUUUCUAUUAUCACGAAGAAAUAAGAAGACAAGCGUAAACUCUUUUUCCACACUAUUCUAAAUCUAUAUCUGAUAUGCCUCUAUUGUCAUCUUCCUAAUAAAUUACCGAAAUAUUCAAUAUUUCGAAAUUAUCGCGAUCGCUGGAAGAUAAAUUCCAUCAUUUUCUUCUUACAUUAUCACGGUCUAGUCGGAAAAAAGGUUUUACCUUAAUAAUUAGGCCUUGGAAUGAGCAAUCUUGACACAUAGUGUCGAAAACUGAUCAUUGUAAACAAAAUAUUGUAUUAUGUUAGUAUAUUAGAAUUUCAUUUAGAGAGACAUUUAAGCGUACUUUGUUCAUUCAAAGGCAAAUGUAAAGAAGAAUUGUAUAAAUAUAUUUUAUUAUUAUAAUGUUUAAAUAUAUCAUAAUAUUUCAAUUUGAAAUACAUGACGGAGGAUUAUAGUCCGUAAAAUUUUUGCGUGAUAUGGUAAUCAGUAGGGUGGCACAAUGACUGAGAAAAAUAUUCGAAAGAACUCUGUAUAUUAUAAAUAA